CAAAAAAAAAGGCGCUGUUACUGACUGCUUUCGCCAUCUUUUGUGCUCGAUUCUGAAUUCUGCUGUCAAGCUCACUUAAAUGAUCCUUUCGUCUUGAUGCUGACCGAUUCCAGUUUAACCAAUAUACUCAUAGUGAGCGGCGUUUCGCAAAUCCGCUAUCGAGUCUACAGUCAGCUAUGCAAACGAUCUCUGGUCGUCGAGUUCUUGAAAUGCGAAGGACAGGCAGAAAGCGACACGCAGCCCGUGUAUCGACGAGAAUUGACAUUUAGCCCGACCAACAACAUUCUGAUCAAGGCAUUCCGGAACCUGAUCGAAAUGUCCAUUCCGUGCAUGUGGCGUGUUACACCCAAACCGGCGACCGAGGGUGACAAACCAGACACUCCCGGAGAAUCGGAACCCCAGGGCGACGAUUUAAUCCCACUAGAACUUUGGGUAUUCUGGUUUGACGAAAGACACACGGGAAAAAUCGACUCGGAUCAAUAUCUGAAUACCUUGGAAGAAAUCAAAGUGGGAUCAUUUACCUGGGAAAAUGUGUAUUCAAAGAGCCUAUCACCCACCGCCUCGCCAUUAACCUCUUCCACCCAAUCCAACUCGCGAAAAUUGGUCACGUUGGCCGAGGAAUAUAAACUCUUUAUCAAAUCAGCUCGAAACCUGGUCCAGAGACAUAUUGUACGCAAAGGCGCAUUUCCUUUGGGGGAAUUCUUCAUCUUCCCUUCCACUUACUCCGAGAGCGACGUUAGCCGCACCAACUACAAUAUUCCCGGGGGCGCCUUGGCCGAUAUGUCCAACCCUUCUUUAUUAUGCUGCACUUACAAUCUCUAUCUGACCAGCACCAACCUUAUUUUCCAGCCCGAUGUUCGUCGAAUGCGCAUGAAGCCGUUGACCGCUCAGGAUAUCAAAACGCGAGGGACACAGGUGGUGCUAAGUCCUACCGGUGAAAAGGCCCAGCUAAUGUUAAUACGUCGCGAGAUUUCGCCUUCCAUCCAAGAACAAGUGUUACGCCAAUGGUCGUUACUGUACAAUAUUCCUCUCAAAUUCUUAAUUCAAAACAUGGACCAUUCAGGAGCAUCCUUCCCGUCGGUAGUCGCUGUGCGAUCAUCGAACCAUCACUUCAUCCUGUAUCCGACCGCAUUAAUCUUUAUCCCUGUAUCCGCGAAUGCCGUUCCUAUCUCCGCCGCAGGCAUGAACGGCAUAUUUGGUUAUAAUCAUGGGCAGAUCGAGAAUUUGGGCGAGAAAUGGAGUCGGUGGGCCUGGUCUCAGCGGGUAAAAGAUGCCGCCAAGUGGAACGGCAUCGGGCCACCAUUGUCUCAUGAAUCUCGCGAAUUACCGUCGACGCAACAGCCACUGGACUUUUGGGAUUUCACCAACCCUAAAUAUCGCACAGCUUCCACUGUCUUGGAAACAUUAUCAGUAUCGGAUGCAUCGCAAACCCAAGGCGCGUUACAAAAGGCUAUACAUGAACCAGUCAUUUCAAGUCCACUGAUGGCCUCCAAAGCCGUUGCACUUCCCUCCACUUCCAGCGUAAGAAAGGAAGCUAUCAAAGAUACAUAUGACCAUAUGGACACCGUGGAGAAAUCGGAACUUUCAUUGAUGGAUUUCGCCCUGACCCAUUUCGAUAUUGAUCCGAAGCAAGUCAUGGAUGGAUACAUCUACGCGAAGAAUGCGAACGGGGAAGCAGAGACAGUCUACGGCGCGUCAAAUACGUUCCCGUUAGCCGGAGUGAAUAACAAUGCCGCGGUUGCGUCACCUACGGGAAAAUCGAACAUGCAGACUCCGUUUGCAACGUCAGUGGAAGGAUCUGGAUCAUUACCAGGUUCGACGGGGAAUGAGGUGGGAUCUGAAUCAAUGAAUAAGGGUGACUACGCUGCUCAACAGAGUACGGUCGGAACGGAACCUGAAUUUGAUCUCGGUAUCGGCAUGGACAAUGUGAUGAUGGAUAUGCCAUCGACCCGUUGGACCGAUGAUGGCAUGGCUGAUUUGGAUAAUUUUGAUUUCGAUGUCACAGAGGAAGACUUCAACUUUUUCGAGUCAGAAUCGAGCACAAAAGCAUUACCGACGAAACCACCAUCUACCGUCCAAUCAUCGCAACCACCUCCCCCGCCGCCGCCGCCGCAGCAGCAGCCGCAAGCAGCACUAGAAACCGCGGCUUCAUUUGCCAAUGCCCCAGUGGCUAGUCAGCAUGAUGAUCAUGGUAUCAUGUUAUUAGAUAAUAUGCCAAUACAAAAUUUGAACGAUGAUGCGUUGAACGUGAAACCCGAAGAUCUGAACUUUGACCAACUGCUGAAUCCAUCGGAUGCUGUGCUGGAUACCGCAAUGGAUGUCGAUACUGCGGUCAAAGUAGAACCGGUGAAUGUCGAUUCGAUGAUGGCCGAUACAGAGAUGCAUGAAGCCGUCACCUUGGAUAGCAACAAUGUGACCCCCAACGGGGACAAUUCGGUCACUGGCCCCGUUAUCAAGCGGGAAUAUCACGAAUUGAAAGCUGUCAAAGGCGGAGAUCACCGACAAUGGCCUGAAAUCAUUGAAUACCCGAUGGAGCAACGAUACGUUCCUCCAGAGUUUGCACCCGUCGCUUUUACGGCUGGCGUUAAUGAUGCGAAAUACUGUAUCGGUGGCAAGUUUAUGUACAUGCCACCUGAAACCGAAAGCCAAUCAAGGCGGCGAAAAUCAUCGCGGGAUACUUAUCGACCGGAUUACAUUCCGGUGGUAAAGAAACGAUCGCAAAAGAAGAGAAAGCAGAACAAGGACAUAGUUUCAUCCGUGAAACCGGUAUCAAGGAAGGAAGCAUCAGCACCAAAGUACAAUGAGGAUACCCGCGCAGCAGACAUACAAAAUUUACAUGCGCCUGUUUCCGAAGACAACAGCAGUACGUCAGGUUCCAGUAGCAGUAGCAGCAGCAGUGAAGGAGGUAGCAGUAGUUCCGAUGAAAGUUAUACGAGUGACGAAGAGGAUUAUGCCGAGAAAUAUCUGGAAACCUUGGAACAGGUGCAGUCAUCGUUCGUCAACCAACUACUGGGCGACCAUCAAAUCGAACCCAAGAAAUCAACCGCGAACCAGCUUCUCUUGGAUUACGAGCAUCCUUUUCCCGGCACCGUGGCUUCGGCUCCUUCCAGUCCGAUAUGCUUGAAUAAUAGUGCAGACGAAGGCGAUUUCAAAGCGUUGGAUUACCUGUGUCAACAGGCGGUAUUGGGAGGCUAUCCAUUCACCGACGGACUUGCCUCCAUCUCCGCCAGUGGCGGCGAACUGAGCGAAGGCGAAUCAGCGAAAAUCAUUGUCUCCCGACGCAGAGAUCUGAUCCAAAGUCUACACGGAGACACAUCCCAUGUCCCUUCGCUGCAAAGCGAUUUUGAUCGGAUUACUCAAGAUUUUAAACAUGCACUGCUCGAAAUUUUUGAUCAGCAUCACAAAACAACCCUGUCAGCAAGUAUGGACACUUUAAGCAUCGGUCAUGCCUCCCUUCCAGGGUCUGUGAGUGUAAAGGGUCCUUUGAACGUUCAACAAUAUUAUGACCUUGCAGAAACAAAUCAAGCGCAUUCCAAAUACGGCAAAUAUCAAGUCAAGAAGCGACGACCCGCGGAACCGAACCUUGAUACACUGUAUCCGCCCGACAUUGUUGUCAGUCGUCAAGAUCAUUUUAUUGAAGGGUCUCCUAAGCUUCUGACGUUUUGGGAGAAAUUGCGGUUGGAACCUUUUUCAAGCAAGAAGAACAUUAGCUAUUUCGUGGUAUUCCCGAGAAACGAUGAACUGGAGAAGGCAACGCUCCACUUUUUCAAAGGGUUGAGCACUGUCUAUGAGACGUGUAAUUUGGGUGUUCAUCAUCCCGGAAAUAUCGGUGCCUAUCGUCGCGGACUUGUUCCUGUUCCCCUGCUUCCGGAAUCGAAAGGAGAAAGUUGGCAUGAUCGGCAAUUGCGAAGUUACAUGGCGGAAUGUCAAAAUCUCGGUUCGGCAUUAGGCGAAACAAUGGCUGAAAAUAUGCACAUUGUCAUUUACAUUGUGAAUCCGUCGUCGCAUUUGUCGUCUAAUCUGGAUCUCAGCCGCUGUUUCCAAAAAUUGAUGGUCGCAUAUCAUGCGGCGGCUAUGGGAUUGGCCACUCGCGUGACGGAACGCACGCGGGCGCGACUGGUGCUGCAGCUGAUGCCCAUGGAGCAUAUUAUCCGCCCGAGCGCUUUUGGCGGAUGCUUAAAGUUUGGCCUCAAGGAAAUCGUUUUCUCCGUCUACUGCAAAUGCCAUCUCGUUGUGGGCAGGCACCAUAACCAGAGUACCGUUGAUGAUACCCGAGCUGUCGCCGAUAUUUAUGCUCCUCCUUUUGUAUUAACCAAGUCCAUACCCAGUGUCAUUCAAUUCUCACUUAAAAAACCGCUCAAUUCGUUUCCGGCCAUUAUGGAGCAGCAUGCGACGCUUCACGUUGGCUAUUGCUUCAGUCUGGAUCUUCGGUGGAUGAUCAUUGUAUGGACUGACAAUCGUGGUGAAUUGCUGGAAUUCACGGUGCUUGCCAUGGACAAUCCAGCUGAAAAAGGCGUUCAAUACAAUGCAGCUUUUGAAGAAGCGUGGUGGCGAUCCAAAGAAAUGGCACGACGGACAGGAGCUCCAUGGACUUUUGUCAUUGCCAAAAUUGGCCUGAUGUUUGAAGAAGAACUUCAAGCAUGGAUCGACGUCCUUCCCAGUGAAGAGAAAGCCACCAUUGUGAGUUUGGAUUUGGAAUCGUCGUUGAACGUACAGGUAUCAUCAGCCGAGCAAGAAACUACACCUGAAUUUGCCCAGACGCCUGGAUCUAGCGCGACCACGGGAACACCAGAAUCAAUCGGCACGCCCACGGGCAAUGGACCACUGUCCAGUCUAGGUGGCGCGUCAAGUCGUACUUCUACGGAUGCUACCCCGGUAGGUCAAGGAGAGACACGGACGCUCUUGCUCAACCAUCGAGUGGCCUACUCUCGCAAGCGAGAGAAGGCUUCUCAAGGGAUCCUCGCGACCGAUGCCGUCACCGAAACGGAAAGAUGGAUGCUGCCAUUGGCCACAGGAUAUCUCAUUCACACCCCCACUGAACCUUCCCCGCAGGAUCAGUUCAACGGCUCACCUUUGGUCGUCGAAGUGCAUCUUUUAUUCAAUCAAACCGAUCAUUCAGCUUACAGCACUUUACGAGAUAUAAUCAAGCAAUAUCAUGCCCUUUCUUACGUUAAUGUGAUGCCCUCUAGAAGUAAUUGUUUACCGAUACACCAGGUGCUAGUCGAACGUCUCUGUCGCCUCUUACUGAUUGUCAAUGCAUAAAAUCUCCACGGCAUCUAUACCUCUAUAUCUUCUUUCUGUUAUUGUCGCAUUUUUCCUUCAAUCAUAUUUUCCUUCUCCUCGUGUAGAAUACAACCAGAUCUUUUAUGUUAAAACUGUCAAAUAGGCAAAAUCAUUCAGUACUCCUUUUGGAAAAAUUUCCUGUCUUCAACCGCAUAGCAAAUUAAUACAUGGUCUAAUCUAAAUUGCGCAGAAUGAAAGUGAACCGACAUUACAAGUUUAAAUAUUAUACUGGCCUCCGCAAACGGAAAAUGCGCUAGCAAUGUAUUAAGAUGAUUCCUGAUAUCAGGGCAAUAGCUCGAUAUCGAUAUACAGCAUUGGUAAUACUUGUAACUUGAUAGCAAUUCAAAAUAUGUUUGGAUGCGGCUGCUUUUCCUUCCUUCGGAAAGAACAGGCAACGAUUAGUGUCUUAUUAUUCUUGAGCUAAAACUUAC